GCCAGCUUCCCACAGCUCCCUGCGCGCUCCCGCCGUGCUCGGCGGCUUCCGGCGGCGGGAGCGUGUUGCGCGGCAGCCAUGGCGUACCGCGGGCAGGGCCAGAAGGUGCAGAAGGUGAUGGUGCAGCCCAUCAACCUGAUCUUCCGCUACCUGCAGAACAGGUCCAGGAUCCAGGUGUGGCUUUACGAGCAGGUGAACAUGCGGAUAGAAGGCUGCAUCAUUGGCUUUGAUGAAUACAUGAACUUGGUGCUGGACGACGCAGAGGAGAUUCACUCCAAAACAAAAUCGAGGAAGCAGCUGGGUCGGAUCAUGUUAAAAGGGGACAAUAUUACUCUUCUGCAAAGCGUUUCUAACUAGGGUUUGUUCUGCACUUGGAACAAAGGCCGCGGUGCUUUGGAGUGGAUAAAGUGUUAGUGGGAGCAGGACCGGCAGUAGAUGGGAAGUUACGUGCCGCUGGGAGUCCGUGCAGGGUGGAAAACUCUGCGUGUCUUUGUGCGUGUCAUUCUUCUUUUGUAGUUUGAAACGAUGCAUAAUGUAUUUCCCAAAUAAACAUUUUUCACGUUAA